AUCUCCUGCCGGCUUCAUGCAAUUUGGAUGAUUUUCUUUUCAUAGUUGAAUACUUAUUUGCUAGAAGAAGAAACUAGUUUGUGUAUAUUUUAUGUCUAUGAAGUCCUUCCUCUCUGACGUAUAGUGGAUUUUAUGCAGACCACAUGUUACAUCAUCAAAGAUUUGUGGAAUAAAACAUCAAUAAAGAAGACCUUGUGACACUGAAGAGGGACCAAACCUAGCAGAGUGCCUAUCAUCACAGAUAACACAAGAAGCUCCUGCCUUGCUGAUGUCCAGUGAUGAGGUCUCCGUAUCUGAAUAUUUACAACUCGUCUUGGAACUUGAGAUUUUCUAUUUACUGUAGAGCUCGAUGAGGUCUAUCCUUCAUAGUCAUUAUCAGUUGGAGCUCACUGUAAAGUGGGGAUCUGUUUCAUACUGAGUAGUUUCCUCUUAGUUUUGAUAAUGCAAAACAAUUCUACAACCAACUAUGUAUACAAUGGGGUCAAUGGCAGCUAUGAUUUGGACUUUCCACCAUGCACAGAAAAUGUGUGCUCCUUUUUCCCCAUACGAAUACUCAUCCCACUGACUAUAAUCUGUCUUGUCAUAAUGGUGGCUGGGCUCAUUGGAAACACCAUUACUAUCCUUAUAAUCAAAAGAUAUAAAGAAAUGAACACAACCACAAACUUCUACUUAUCCAGCAUGGCAGUGUCCGACAUGGUCAUUCUCCUCUGCUUGCCUUUUGACUUGUACCGUCUAUGGAGGUCUAUACCUUGGAUCUUUGGAGGAUUUCUUUGUAAAUUUUUAUGUUUCAUUAGUGAAGCUUGUACAUACGCCACCAUUCUACACAUCACCGCUUUGAGCAUUGAGAGAUAUCUUGCCAUAUGUUUCCCUCUAAAAGCCAAAGUCUGUAUUACCAAGAGAAGGGUGAAGAUGGUCAUCGUUCUUCUAUGGGUUAUUGCUUUGUUGUCUGCUGCUCCUCUUUAUAACCUUAUUGACAAUGUGCAAAUUGUCAACUACACAGAUUUCUCCAAAAUCAGCUGGGAGUGUAAAUAUACCCAGUAUGCCAUAGAAUCUGGACUUCUUAAGGUCAUGAUGUGGGUGACAACUGUCUAUUUUUUCUUUCCUAUGUUAUGUCUCACUGUUCUCUAUGGCUUCAUUGGUAAAAAGUUGUGGAAAAGCAAAAACACUCUGCGAGGUCCUAAUGCAGCAAAUCGAGAAAGAUGCCACAGACAAACAGUGAAAAUUCUGGCUGUGGUCGUCUCGGCUUUCAUAAUCUGCUGGCUGCCGUUUCACAUGGGAAGAAUCAUCUUUAUGGACAGUAUGGAUUUUCAGACAAUGAAAUUCUCACAGUAUUUUAACCUAGUGGCCAUGCAACUCUUUUACCUGAGCGCUUCCAUCAACCCAAUACUUUACAACUUUAUAUCGAAGAAAUAUAGGACUGCAGCCUACAAGCUCCUCCGACUUAGCACUUCAGAUGAAAGGGCCUACAAUGUCAUCAAGGAUGAAACCGGAGGUCACACGGAGACUACAUGUAUCCAGAAUGAAUAUAUCACACACAUAUGAUGCCAUAUAGUCAAGCAUGCAAUCCCUAGUGGCAAAUUUCUAAUUCAUAGAUCGAUAUAAAGCUUAGAAAAAAAUAAAUGCUGAAGAAUGCUAUGCUAGGUAGGAAUUAAAAUGUUGUCCUUAUUGAAGAAUUCACAGAAUCAAUAAUAGCAGUAUUUUCUUUACAUAAUCCGCAGGCCUGGCCAUUAGGGAAUAUAAAAGGAAUUCCUUAACUUGCAGAUAUAAUUCUAUAUGAAGACCAUAAGGGCUUACAAUGACACCAAUAUAGGUAACUAGUGGAUAAGAGAGAACUUGUCCCUAGGACCAUAUCUCAUGUGAAUAUUCUAUUUGUUUAUCAUCUAUAGUCCAGGUCAGCUACCUACCUAACUGAAAUCUAUCAGAUCACAGACGAGCGGCAGGAAGAUCACAGGUCUAUAGUUCAGUGCUACAGAGACGGUUCAACCCUACUUAUCCUUAUGUAUUUGGUGGCUUCCCAACUCACUAAAACCAUAUGUCAGGAAAAGAUGAGUCCAGUUUGUUGGAUUUCAACAUGCUUGACCCAUUAGUUCUUGGUGAGAUAAGCCAUCACAAUGGCUGCAGCUUUCUCACCACUCACCUUUGAGAAUACAUAUACUUAUAUGUAUAGGGAACUGGAAGAGAGUUGUUGGCCAAAACAAGCAUUAGGCCAACAAUUGUCCCAUAGGUAUGGUCAGCAAAAACCCACAACAAAUAGAUGAUCACAUGGCUGUGCAUGAACCUAUAGUCACAUAAGAUACUCAAGUGGAACAAAAACCUACAAGAAUUAUUACUGUGCCCUUGAACUUGCUUUGUGUGCGCCAUCCCUCUACAUCAACCAGAAGGUUGUCUGAAUGAUUUCAUCCAGUGUUAAUUUCGCUGACUAGUCAUUUUAGUCAACAAGACUUUAUCGGUGACGAAAACUAUUGGUUAUUAUGACUAAAACCAUAUGUAAAAUGUAUCAAAAUUUUUGUCAACUAACUAAAACUAGACUAAAAUGUUAGGUAGAGAAGAUUAGGAAAGAGAUCCCAUCAGA